AUGAUCAGCCAAAUGGCCGUUUCCUUCGAGGCAAAUCAAAGAAACAAAACAAAUUCAGAGUUUCAAACGUUGAAGAAGCAGAAGAAACUGUUUCAGUACCUACCCUCCCAAGUUAAUUCUCAACUUCAAAAACAACCGAUCGCCUUUAAAUCUUAUUGUAAAUUAAAAUUGAGUUUAUUGCUCUUCUUUUUGUUCUGCGUCUUCUUGGAAGUAGCAGAGAAGAAAAAUGGGAAUUUUAAGCACCUUCUUUGGAAUUGUCGGCUUUGGCAUUGGAAGUCUGGUGGGACUCUUGGUGGGUUUCUAUCUCUUCAUCUAUUCAGAGCCUGAGGAAGUGAAGGAUCCAGUUAUCAGGCCGCUGCAUGAAUUAGAUUCUAGCACUUUGCAAGGUCUUCUACCUGAAAUACCAAUGUGGGUUAAAUUUUCCGAUUUUGAACGAGUAGACUGGCUAAACAAGUUUCUCUUGGACAUUUGGCAUUACCUUGACAAGGCGCUUUGUUGUACAAUAAGAAACACGGCAGAACCUAUCUUCGCAGAGUACAUUGGGAAGUAUCGCAUUGAGGCAAUUGAAUUUGACAAGUUAAGUCUUGGAAGUCUGCCACCCAUAAUCUAUGGUCUAAAAGUUUAUGAGACUAAUGAGAAUGAAUUAAUCAUAGAACCGGCAUUUAGAUGGGCUGGCAAUCCCAACAUAGUUGUGGUUUUAAAUUUGUUGUCUCUAAGAAUUACGGUUCAGUUAGUGGAUUUGCAAGUAUUUGCAGCACCACGGGUUACUCUGAAACCUCUUGUGCCGACGUUUCCAUGUUUUGCAAGCAUUGUCGUGUCUUUAUUGGAGAAGCCACAUGUUGAUUUUGGAAUCAAAAUAUUGGGUGGGGACAUCAUGGCCAUACCAGGCCUCUAUCGGUUUGUUCAGGAGACCAUUAAAAACCAAGUUGCAAGCCUCUACCUAUGGCCUCGAACACUGGAAAUACCUGUUCUUGAUGCUUCAAUAGUGGCCAAGAAGCCUGUAGGGAUACUUCAUGUGAAGGUCGUCCGAGCACUGAAACUUUUGAAGAUGGACAUCUUGGGAAGUUCCGAUCCUUACGUCAAACUAAACCUUACUGAAGAUAAGUUGCCCGCAAAGCAAACCACUGUCAAGAUGAAUAAGUUGAAUCCUGAGUGGAAUGAGAAGUUCAGACUUAUUGUGAAAGACCCCCAAACUCAAGCUCUCGAGUUGCAACUCUAUGAUUGGGACAAGGUUGGCAGACAUGACAAAUUGGGAAUGCAGUUAGUUCCUCUGAAAGUGCUAACGCCCGGUGCGACAAAGGAAUUUGUGCUAGAUUUGGUCAAGAACACAAAUAUCAAUGAUCCUCAAAACAAGAAGCGUAGGGGGCAAGUUAUAGUGGAGCUUGCUUUUGUUCCUUUCAAAUCAGAAAGCAGUAAGCAUAAUGGAACUAGUAAUGGAUAUGGGAAAAGCGAAAGUGGAAAGUCAUUAGAGAGUGAUGAGUCCCUCAGCGGAGCUGGUGUACUAUCCAUUUUGAUCCAGGGAGCUGAGGACGUAGAAGGGGAGCAUCACAGCAAUCCUUAUGCUUUGCUUUGCUUUAGAGGAGAAGUAAAGAAAACUAAGAUGAUAAGAAAAUCCCGCAAUCCACUUUGGAAUGAAGAUUUCCAAUUUAUGCUUGAUGAGCCUCCUUUGCAUGACAAGAUUCGUAUCGAGCUCAAGAGCAAAAGCAGAGCCCUAAUCCGAGCAAAGGAAUCACUAGGAUACGUGGAAAUUAAUCUUGCCGAUGUGGUACACAACGGACGCAUCAAUGAAAAGUUCCAUUUGAUUGACUCCCACAAUGGAAGGAUACAUGCAGAGCUAAGUUGGACAAAGGCCUGAAAACUUGGGAUUAGAAAACAAUGCGUUGCAAGUAAUCUCACGUCUCGACUGACAUUUCCAAUUUGUUCCGACCGAUGAUUACGUGAUUAAAUGGAAGGAAGAGAAGAGGAGAGGGAGAGAGAGUUUUGAAUCUGUACAUUGUUUUGAUAUUUCAAUCGUUAUAGUAAAUAGGGUUUAACAUUUCUGUUUUCAUCCCAAUAAUUUUGAAGUAGAUUUGGGUGGUUUUGCUUUGGGUUAGAGUGGGCUGGAAGAGUACUCUUUUUAAAAUCAAAGUCCAAUUUCAAUUGUGCUAGCUA